AUGCAAAGAGCAGCAGCAGCAGGCAGCAGCAGCAGCAGCAGCAGCAGCAACCAGCGAGGCCUCUUAAGCGGUCCAGAAUCAACAGCGGCGAGCACGCGGCAGCAACGGAGACCUCCAGCAGCAGACGCAGCGGGAGCAGCAGCACAGGCAGCACCAGCUGCAGAGGCAGCAGCAGCAGCAGUAGCAGCACAAGCGGCAGCAGCAGCAGCAGCAGAGGCAGCAGCAGCAGCAGCAGGGGCAGCAGCAGCAAAGCCCACCGUCUCCUCAGCAGCUGGUCCUUUCUUAGCUUCUCUUCAGGGCCAAAGCAAAGAGCCACAGCGCCUGAGCAAACAGCAGGCACUCGCGCGCCCAGCUGCUGCUGCUGCCGCUGCUGCUGCUGCCGCUGCUGCUGCUGCCGCUGCUGCUGCUGCUGCCUGCUUUAAUGGUGCUGCCUCUGCAGCAGCAUUCAGGCAGCAGUCAUUCGACAUUGCUGCUGCGCCGGCUGCCGCAAACGCGGCAGCAUCUACUGCUGCUGCAGCAUCUACUGCUGCUGCAACAUCAGCUGCUGCUGCUGCUGCAGCACUUCUUGCUGCUGCAUCUACCGACGCUACAGCAACUACUGCUGCUACUUCCGCUGCAGCAUCUGCUGCUGCUGCAGCAUCUACAGCUGCUGCUGCUGCAGCAUCUACAGCUGCUGCUGCUGCUGCUGUUUUUGCUGCAUCUCAGCUCACGGAUGCACAUGUUGUGCAGCGCCAUGACGCCCACGCACAGAAGGAAUCUGAGAGGUGCCUGCAGCAGCAGCAGCAGCAGCAGCAGCAGAAGCAGGACUAUAAGCAGCAGCAGCAGAAGAAGAACCGGCAGCAGCAGCACCACAAGCAGCAGCAGGAAAGGGAGCAGUACUAUAAGCAGCAGCAUUACAAAAGCAGCUGCAGCACUCAAGCAGCAACCGCAGCAACAACACCGGAAGAUGCAGCAGCACGCAAGCAGCAGGAGCACUGCAGCAGCAGCAGCACUGGAGCAGCAGCACGGAGGCAGUAG